UGUUAAUCAAGUCCCUCCUUCUGAACAUCACUGUCCACUUUACAAUAAAUGUAGGGCUCCUGCAACAUUCUCUUAUUUUUAUACUGUUCCCUGGUUUAAGGUUCAACAUGGGAUUUUCUAUCCACUGGAGCUGGCUUGCUGCACUUUCAUGUCUCCUCUGUAUGGGAGAUGAGGUUUGGUGUGAUUGCACGGAGGAGAGAAUGCAAAUUGUAGGAGGUGAUUACAUACUGACAAAGCAGCUGAAGAUAGGCAGCAUGUUGGUCUACCAGUGUCCUGAGGGCUACUAUCCAUACCCGCAUUUGACCCGCCUGUGCGAGCUGAAUAGCUCCUGGAAUCCAGCGCCCAAAAGAUUUUUACCUCAAAGAUGCAAGCGUGUUGAAUGCCCCGACCCCAAUGUGAUGGAGUACGGAAACAUCUCCCCUCCUCAGGAGAAGUACUUUGUGGACAAUGAGACCACAUAUGAGUGCUACUCUGGAUACAGAUUGCGCGGCUCCUCCAGACGUGUGUGCUUACCCAAUGGGAAGUGGAGUGGCUCCACUCCCAUCUGUAGCCGUGGCUCAGGAGAUACUUGUGCUGAUCCUGGUAUUCCACCUGGCGCCACAAGAACAGGGAGCAUAUUUGGAAUUGACGACAAAGUGACUUACAGCUGCAAUGGCAACCUGUUUUUGGUGGGGUCGAGUGAGAGAGUGUGUCAGGAGAACGGCCAGUGGACUGGCAAAGAGCCAGCAUGCUACUACAAACACACCUAUGACACUCCAUUGGAGGUUUCACAGGAAUUUGGCAGUGCGAUCAAAGGCAGCCUAACCACUUUAGAGUCCAUUGAUGACACACAGGAGGGGAGAACAAUCAGGAUUUCAAAAAAUGGUACACUUAACAUCUAUAUCGCAAUGGAUAUUUCUGCGAGCAUCGAAGAACAACACUUCAAUGAUGCAAGAAAUGCUGUCACAAAACUUAUAGAAAAGAUUUCAUCCUUUUCUGUGACUCCAAACUAUGAAAUAGUCUUUUUCUCCUCUGAAGUUUUUGAAGUUGUCAGAAUUCUUGAUUUUUUGGAUCAAAAAAUAGAACGAAAUGCCAUCCUGACUCAAUUGAAAAAUUUUAAAGUAGGCGAGAGAAACACUGGAACAGAUCUGAACGGCGUCUUUAUGACAUUCUUGGAGCGAAUGGCUAUUAUAAAGCAACGAGUUGGAGCAGAGCUUUUUAAGGAACAUCGUCACGUCCUUAUCUUUUUUACAGAUGGUGCUUAUAAUAUGGGCGGAUCACCUGCACCCACUGUUGAACAAAUAAAGAACACGGUAUACAUGAACCAGACAGGUGUACCAGCGGCUCAAUCAAGAGAAGAAUAUCUGGACAUUUAUAUUUUUGCCAUUGGAGCAGAGGUCUUUGAUAGUGACUUGCAGCCCCUCGCAACAGGGAUCGGUGAUAGGCAUUACUACAAAAUGAAGGACAUUACGAAUUUACAAGAGACCUUUGAUGAUAUAAUUGAUGAAGAAGAAGUUACGGGUCUAUGUGGUCUUCACAAGGAAUAUGAAACAACACGUAAAGAAAGCACGAGGCAAAGGUAUCCAUGGUGGGCAUCCAUUACUGUCAAGAAUGAAGGAUUGCCAAGGGACUGCUUUGGCUCUCUGGUGACCCCGAAGUUUGUCUUGACUGCCGCUCACUGCUUCACAUUUGGAGAUUUACCUGAGCACGUCAAAGUUGUUAUUGAUGAUGGACAGGGCAAAGAGAAAAAAGUUAAACGUUUCAUUUUACACCCGGAGUACAAUAUCACUGCUAAACGGAAUAAGGGUGUGAAGGAGUUCUAUGACUAUGAUGUGGCUCUCAUCCAACUGGAGGAAGCUGUUAACAUCUCCAGUGUUGCUAGACCUAUUUGCAUACCUUGCACCCAAGAGACCAGUGAUGCUUUACAACUGGUUGGUGAAUCCACCUGCAAGGAACAAGAGGACAUUCUGUUGAAGGAUCAUCUUGAAAGACUCUCGUUCCUGACUAAGAAAGGGACCACGGUAGCUGAAAAAGAUGUCCAUGCUAAGAUUGGCGACAACAGAGAUGCAUGCAUCAAACAUGCACUAGGGGCCCAAGGCAUAUCAACGAAAGAUCCAAAGGAGGUCGUGACUGAUAACUUUCUGUGCACUGGUGGUCAGGAUCCUACUAGAGAUCAUAUAUCAUGUAAAGGUGACUCUGGAGGUGCUGUGUUCAAGAACUAUGAGCAUCGCACAAUACAGGUUGCAUUGGUCAGCUGGGGAACCAAGGAUUUGUGUGGGUCGGGUGGAGGUCUCGUCGAGUCAGAUCAGACCUCCAGAGAUUUCCAUAUUAAUCUUUUCAGAGUUGUCCCUUUUCUCAAAUCGAUUCUUGGACAUGACACACCUGACUACGCACCACUUACGUUUUUGAAAAGCUAAAAUGUAUUUGCAUACUGUAAUUUGGCAUUGUGUAAACACUGGCUUAUGUAAUUUUGCUACUGAGUUAAAGUUUUCUCAGACGUCAUAUACAUUCACAAUAAAAAAAGAUUACAUUUUUAGAUAACAUUUUCUCAUCAAAAGCAUACAUAAACACACAUGUUCACAAAAAAGCAUGUCACAUUCCCAAAAUAUAAUGUACAGUCAUGCAAAUAGUAAUGUACUUUAUCAUUAUUCAGUAUUGUCAGUGGUCAAUCAGGAUGUAAAGAAGUUAAAUAAUCAGUAUAAA